AUGACUCUACCCACUCGCCUAGUGGAGAUCCACUACGAUCAAACCCGGAACGUGAUGAAAGCGCGCCUGGUUCGGGGGAAUCUUUUACCCUCCAACACAGCUUAUGUGGCUCUCAGUCAUUGUUGGGGGAAGGCCAAGUUCUUCAACCUAACCAAGAAGAACUACAACGCCUCAAUGAAGAUCUUCCCGAUGGAAGAGCUACCACGCAAAUUCCUGGAGGCAUUUGACAUUGCAUCUAAACUAGGGUUCCAUCACAUAUGGAUUGAUAGUCUGUGUAUCGUCCAGGACAGCGACGACGACUGGAAAUUCGAAUCAUCCAGAAUGGGCGAAGUCUACCAAAAUGCUGCUCUAACACUCUCUGCAAGCGAGUCAUCCAGCGCAUUAGAGGGCUGUUACAAAGAGAGGCAAUCAUUUGGUUUAGAUAUCCUCACCGAUCUGUGGCCGGACAGGACUCCUAUGCCCGUCAACGGCUUUCGCAUAUCCAAACGGGAUCACUACGAGACUGCCAAUCAGGUACGGGAUACCUGCAUACACAGCAGAGGCUGGACCAUCCAAGAGCGUGCACUCUCGCCUCGCAUUCUACACUUCACUCACUACGGGAUUUUUUGGGAAUGCGAACAUUGCACCAGAUCUGAGAUGGCCCAAGAUGGCUCGUCACGUGGUACUACCAAGCUUACUCUCGCUGGAAGAGAAGCCAAUGGGGACAGUAGUCUCGAGACGAUUUGGUGGGAGAUUGUCGACCAGUACACCAAUUGUGAGCUAACUCACCCCGGAAAAGAUAAGCUGGUCGCCAUCUCAGGACUUGCAAAAAAGCUUCGCAAUCACCACCCUGAUCAAUAUCUUGCUGGUCUGUGGAAGAGCCGCUUAAUCACAGACCUUUGCUGGGCCACUUUCGAGCCUAGUACUAUUCGGCCGUCAGAGUACCGCGCUCCAUCCUGGUCAUGGGCUUCGAUCGAUUCACCCGUUGAAAUGAUGGGUUCCUCGUCCGUCCGCAAGACUGGUCGAGCUAUCAGGCCGUUUGCAACGAUCACAGAUGCAAAAACGUCCCCAGUGGCAGACGACGAGUUCGGACAGCUACUCGGAGGAGUUUUGGAGCUUGAUUGCUAUGUGCUGCCUGUGAGUCUUCCCCAAGGGCCUAUCAAAGCUGAGACUUUCAUAACUAUGUUGCUUGAACCACCGCUCCAUGUAGAGUUUCUCUACGAGACUGUAUGGGACGACGGCAUGCAAAGUCUGAUGCUUGACCAGGAAAACUUCUAUCCUAACCGCGACACUUGGUGUUUGCCAUUAUUGGGGUACGUUGACUAUAGCAGCCGAUUCAGUGAGGUAGAGCAACAGGCAAUGUGCGACUUCCUGUACCCCAGGAUAAAGGCCGAGCGUGGGGAGUAUUAUUGUGAAGAAUACCUCGGAGUGGAUGAAGUCGCCAUACGCGAUCCUUCGGCGAUCGACAAGACGGCCAUACCUCAGGCAUCGAAUGUCAAAAAUCAACCAGGAGAGCAUUCUAACCCUGAUGAGGAAGAAAGUCGUAAUAAGGGUAGUGGCGAUUAUUUGGAUAUGGACGAGGAAGAGUCUGAGGAUGAUUAUAGUGAGGAUGAGGAAGAGUCAGAGGAUGAUUAUAGUCAGGAUGAGGAAUCGGGUGAUGAUUUUGAAGAGGACGAGCAUGAUUGUAGUGAGGAAGAUGGAGUUUCGAUGCCGAACGACCAGUCCAAGCCGCGCGAUAAGAUCAUCUUUCUGGUGAUAGAGCCUGUGGAGCCGAAAGACCCGGAGCCGACUCGGUUCAGGCGUAUUGGGCUUCAUACCGUUUUCUUAAAGGAAGGCUCUUCUGUUGACACGGUCUCAUUUCCUCCGGAGUUUCGAAGAGAAAGAGUUCGCCUAGUCUGA